GACAAUAUUAAUGUUGACAAGGACAAGUUAUAUGUAGGUUGACCAUUGGCCUCAUUUCAUUGGUGUAAUCGACUUUCACUUAUAGUAUAAAAAUCCAAAAAAAAAAAUUUAUUGUUUUCCUUGAUUGUGUUUACGCUGCCUAAGCCAGCCAGAAUCAAAAUGAGGCCAAGUUCAUCUUCUUGUUCAUCAUCAUUCAUCUAUGCAAAUCUUGUAUUGUUUCUCAGUUUCCAGGCUACUGGAGGAUUUUCAGUAGAGAAAAUCAGAAGCAAUUCUGCUUUCUUCAUAUUUGGAGAUUCCUCUGUUGAUCCAGGCAAUAACAAUUACAUUGAAACCAUCCCUGAAAACCAAGCCAACUAUAAGCCUUAUGGUCUGAACGGCUUCUUCAAGGAACCGACAGGGCGAUUCUCCGAUGGCCGGAUCAUUGUGGAUUACUUAGGUAACUAAAUUAAUCCCUGUCCAAUUUGAUCAAUAGAAUAUACAAAAUGACUUUAAGUUUUAUGUAUGAUCAUGAAAACAGCUGAGUAUGCAAAGUUGCCUGUUGUGAUUCCUCCGUAUUUGGAACCAAAUGCUGACUAUGAUUAUGGAGUUAACUUUGCUUCUGGAGGGGCUGGAAUUCUUUCAUCAACUAAUCAGGGUUUGGUUAUCGAUUUGAAGACACAGUUGGAGUACUUUGAUAAGGUAAGACUGUCAUGGAUUGAGAAGUUUGGAGAAGCGGAGACUGAAAACAUCAUAUCAGAUGCAGUUUACUUCAUAAGCAUGGGAAGUAAUGAUUAUAUGGGAGGCUAUUUAGGAAACCCCAAAAUGCAACAUCUUCAUCCUCCCGAGGAAUUUGUUAAGAUGGUUAUUGGGAAUUUGUCUCAAGGGAUUCAAGAAUUGUAUGGGAGAGGAGCUAGGAAGUUUGCGUUUCUAAGUUUGUGCCCUUUGGGUUGUUUGCCAGCCCUGAGAGCUCUGAAUCCCAAAGGCCAUGAAGCUGGUUGUUUUGAAGAUGCAAGUGCUCUUGCAUCUGCUCACAAUAAUGCACUAAAAAUGGGACUACUCCCUGAUCUUCAAGCUCUGCUCAAGGGCUUCAAGUACAGUAAUCCCAACUUUUAUGAUUGGCUUCUGGAUAAGAUCAAUCAUCCCACAGAUCAUGGUAAGCGGACGAAUCAUCCAUCUACUUGUUUUUUGUGAUUGUUGUUUUAAUGGACUACUUGGUGGUAGGAUUCAAGGAAGGGGUGAGUGCUUGUUGUGGAUCAGGACCUCACAGAGGAGUUUUCACUUGCGGAGGCACCAAAAGUGAUCCAAAUUAUGAGUUGUGUGAUGAUCCUAACCAAUACGUUUGGUUCGAUUCCUUCCAUCCAACAGAAAGGAUUCACGAACAAUUUGCCAAAGCACUUUGGAAUGGACCGCCUUCCUCGGCCGGGCAAUCCAACCUGGAAGAUUUGUUCUUCAAUAAGGAUAAGCAAAUCAUAGCUGACAUUGUUGAUCAUCCAGAAAACCAACAUCAAAUCUCUUUGAUGUUAUAAUGCUCUAGUUUGAAUCCCUCAGCUAGCAAUCUUGAAGUUUUCUUUUCUUUCAUCAAAAGGGAGGAAACACCUUAGUUUAUUAUAUGCUUCGGAUUCCAAGAAUAUUGGAGAAAUUGCCACUGCUUCCAUCAAGUUUUGAUCUAGAGGAACCUUGUUGCUUUCACUUUAAAUCUGAAUUAUACCAUGAGCUGGUGGAGGAAAAAAAUUGGUGAGUUUGAUUUGUGGUGUUGGGAUUCAGCUCCUGUGUAAUAUAAAUUCAAGAACCAUUGCGCAACCCUAUGUUUAUUUGGUUUUUUGGAUGGUUUUUUCAGAUUAUUUUAAUAAUAAAUAUCCCAUCCCAUCAUAUUUUUUUAUUGAGCAGUAAAACUUUUUGUAAUAUAUUAGUCCUCCUAGCUUGCUAUAAUACCAUAAAGGUUAUUUUAAUGGUGAUGAGAAAAUUAAUUAAUUUCUUUAGUUAUGGAAAUUGAAAGGG